GAAGCAGGCCAGGUACAAGACAAAUCCAAGAGUUUCUCACACUCCUCACUUGGCUUCUCUUUUCUUCCUCUCCUGUCUCCUCAGUUUGGUGGGUUCUGCUCACCAGUCUUCCACUCUUCCCCCGCAGUACAAAAUACCCCCGUUGCUAGCCUCCUCCUGAACUCGGAAUCGAACACUUCUCUUCAGCGAGAAACCAUGAGAACCAUAAUGGCGAGGAGCCCCCAUGAGUCCUCGUUCUCCUUCUCCCGGAGGCAUUUCAAGUGGCCAGUUCUUGGCAAGAGCAGCAGCCAUGGCGCCAGCAAUGCCGGUGAGGAUGACUUCAUCAAGGGCGCUGGGGCAGAGGACGAGGAGGAAGCCACCAUGGCGUUCUCCUCCACCUGCCCGUCGUUCCACUCGGAGGACUUCGUGUCUCCUCCGCCCUGCAAGCCGCUCAAGCAGACGCAGCAGCAGCAGCGCAAGAAGGGCCGCACGGCCGUGUCGCGCCUGCGCACGGCUCUGGCCGCGGCCCUCGCCGGCCGGCAUCGGCAGGUCGGGCUCGGCGCGAAGCUCACGGGCACGCUCUACGGCCACCGCCGCGGCCACGUCCACCUCGCGUUCCAGGUGGACCCGCGCGCGUGCCCCGCGCUACUCCUGGAGCUGGCCGCGCCCACCGCGUCGCUGGUGCGCGAGAUGGCCUCGGGCCUCGUGCGCAUCGCGCUCGAGUGCGAGCGCCGCAAGGGCGGCUCCGCCUUCCCCGCCGCCGCCUCCUCCGGCGCCGGCUGCAGGAAGCUGCUAGAGGAGACGCUGUGGCGCGCGUACUGCAACGGCAGGAGCUGCGGGUACGCCGUGCGGCGGGAGUGCGGCGCCGCGGACUGGCGCGUGCUGCGCGCGCUGGAGCCCGUGUCCAUGGGCGCGGGCGUCAUCCCGGCGGCGUGCGGCGGCGGGGAGGGCGACGUCAUGUACAUGCGCGCGCGGUUCGAGCGCGUCGUAGGCUCCCGCGACUCCGAGGCGUUCUACAUGAUGAACCCGGACUGCGGCGGCAACGGCAGCGGCAACAAUGGCGGCCCGGAGCUCAGCGUCUACCUCCUGAGAGUUUGAUCGAUCGAGCGUCGUUCUCACGUUUGCUUGUAUCGUGUCAGUUCUUUGCAUGCUUGGUGUUUUACUGUACUAUUACUAGACUUCACUUAAGUAGGUAGUGUGACCGUACGGUUGUUCUGGAAUAAUAUGCAUACUAUGGAAACUGGGAACGGAACGGAAUGGAAUUUAUCUUCCUUUUUUAUGGCUUUUUUGGGAGGUUGUUGGGUGCUUAGUAAACGGUUGUCAUUAGUACAAGUGGCAAGUGAAAUACCUGGUCGAAAAUAAAUAAUAG